CAGUAUAUUGAAAAAUAUUGGAGGGUUAUGGAGCUUCACAGUGGAGUGUCUGUAAGAACACUAGGAUCUCAGUGCUCUAUCGUUGCACCCAUAAAAAUCUGUCAGUUUAAGCUAGAGAAUCUGUGUUGUUGCAUGGGCUGCGUCUCAAUCCACUUAAUCAGCCUUCCACAAAUGUGGUGGACGGUUUGACCCACUAACUAAUAUGGCCACUCUAUGGAAGGAAGAAACGCUCACAAAGCCCAGGAGGACUCGUAUGAAGGGAAUGUCUCACAAGGAGAGACCCACUUUCUACCGACAGGAGCUCAACAAGACGAUAUGGGAGGUCCCGGAGCGGUACCAGACCCUGUCCCCGGUCGGCUCGGGAGCCUACGGAUCCGUCUGCUCGUCAUACGACGUGAGGUCGGGGCUGAAGAUCGCGGUGAAGAAGCUGUCGAGGCCGUUCCAGUCCAUCAUGCACGCUAAGAGGACCUACAGAGAACUACGACUCCUCAAACACAUGAAACACGAGAACGUGAUCGGCCUGUUGGAUGUGUUUACGCCCGCUACCAGCCUAGAGGAGUUCAACGAUGUGUACCUGGUGACCCACCUGAUGGGGGCGGACCUCAACAAUAUCGUCAAGUGUCAGAAACUGACGGACGACCACGUUCAAUUCCUCAUAUACCAGAUCCUCCGGGGUCUCAAGUAUAUCCAUUCAGCAGACAUCAUCCACAGAGAUCUGAAGCCCAGUAACUUGGCAGUGAAUGAGGACUGUGAGCUCAAGAUCCUGGACUUUGGUUUGGCAAGACACACUGAUGAUGAGAUGACGGGUUACGUAGCAACCAGGUGGUACCGCGCCCCAGAGAUCAUGCUUAACUGGAUGCACUACAACAUGACAGUUGACAUCUGGUCGGUGGGCUGCAUAAUGGCGGAGCUGCUAACUGGAAGGACGUUAUUUCCCGGCACCGACCAUAUUAACCAGCUGCAGCAGAUCAUGAGGCUGACAGGAACGCCCCCGGACUCUGUCAUUAGCCGGAUGCCCAGCCACGAGGCCAGAAACUACAUUAACUCCCUUCCCCAGAUGCCCAAGAGGAACUUUGCUGAUGUGUUCGUUGGCGCUAACCCACUAGCAGUGGAUCUGUUAGAGAAGAUGUUGGUUCUGGACACUGAUAAGCGGAUCACAGCGUCAGAGACCCUGGCCCACCCCUACUUCUCCCAGUACCACGACCCAGACGAUGAACCAGAGUCUGAGCCAUACGACCAGAGCUUUGAGAGCCGUGAGCUGGAGAUAGAGGAGUGGAAAAGGUUGACCUAUGAGGAGGUUUGCAGCUUCGAGCCCCUGCCAUUCGACGGAGAUGAGAUGGAGUCCUGAGGGAACUAGGGUGACGUCAUUGAUAAUCUCGCCUCCUUCUCUUAUGGAAUUGUGUUGAGGAGGAAGUGGCAUGUAGACAUUGAACUCGGGCCAGUGAUGCGUUUCCUCCCCUAAUGGUUUAGGUUAGGAUCUGGGAGUAGGUUGAGCUUAUCUUAGAGGCAACUUCCUGCCAGAGCACACAACCUUGUGUGAGGACUAUCAACUCCCCGGACUAUUUAACAAACAAACAAACGGGAAACCACGACAUUCAAGUGUCUGCCGUCGUUCAUUUCUGGGGUCACUCUCGGGUUAGAGGUCAAGGGUUAAAGGUGACCGAUCCCACCCUCCAGGUUGCUGUAUUAUGUUAUAUUGUCUGUGUUUUGGUCUCUGGGCCGAACUGGGGGAAAUUACUUUGUAAUAUUGUAUCUACUGUUUGUGUGUUUUAGAAUAUCUGUUAAGUUAGCAUCAGAUUUUCACAUUGUUUGCAAAUAAGUAUCUUAUUUAAAAAAUUCCUGGAAAAAGGUGCUCAGUUCAAUAUGGCAAAAACAAUCAACCACUAGUACCUUCAAACAUCUAUUUAUGAUUUUAGGUUGGUAGUGUAUAGCCAGAUGUUAUUUUACCCCCUUUUGGAUCGAAUUCAGUAGGAAACCCAACAGUGGAAAUCACCUCUGUCCUUCUAUGACAAACGUUCUGUCUCCACAGUCAAUCUGUACGCUGUUGUUAUGCCUGCCAGUGUUUUACAGAUGUAAAUAAGGCUGCACUCUUGUAAAUAAAUGAUACUAUGCACACAGUAAUACUGCCUAGAAGCCGCUAUCAUAAUAGAGCACAUAGCCCCACUCACCCUUUUCUCACUGGUUAGAACACUGCCCCUAGUGACAGGAACCGUUUAGGAAUGACUGGCAGGUUCCAUGCCCAAUCAGGUGGAUUCUUCUCAGAAUGGUGUGUCCCUUAUGAGAAAGACGAUACAACCUUUUGAUGUCCACCUUUUCUCUCUAAUUCAAUCACACAGAAAGAGAGAGGGGGGGUAGAGGGCCGGGGAGUUUUGUAUUUGCUUAUCCUGCCCCUUUUAACUUAUUUAAAAUCUUUUUCUUUCUACCCAUCUCUCUGUGUUUCUUUUUCACUCCCUCUUUGUAUCAUUGCCUCCUCGGACACGUGUUACGCUGUCCUGUCCUCUGUUCUGUUUGUAGUCUAUUAGAAGUGAGGGGAGAGCUGUUAUGUCACUGUCACACAAUGUUAUUUGAUAGAAUGUUGUAUUUUAAAAUCCUCCAUCCCCAAAUCACAAGACGCAUGAUGAAAUCAGAAUAUGGUUUCCCUGGCAUCUAUAGUGUAGGACUUCAAGGUUGAGUCGGAGAGAAGCUCCCCCAUAGCAAUAGAGUACCAAACUUGGACAUAAAGCGCCAAGCUGUGUUGUGUGUGUGUGUGUGCGUGCAUGCGUUUGCGUGCAAUUCUUUCAAUCUUGCGACUCUUUGAGAAUGUUUUACCCAAUGAUGUAUACAGUACCGGUCAAAAGUUUGGACACACCUUCUCAUUCAAGGGUUUUCUUUAUUUUUACUAUUUUCUACUUUGUAGAAUAAUAGUGAAGACAUCAAAACUAUGAAAUUACACAUAUGGAAUCAUGUAGUAAUCAGAAAAUAUGUAUUGUAGACACUAACAUUUUGUAAUUUGGGUUACUAUCCCUUUAAAAAUUGAAGAAAUUCCUGCUUGCUCUCCACCCCUGAUCUAUGUUUAAGUGCUGGGUGUUUUAAAUGUUAUUCUUAUAACAAUAAAAAUCCCCCAACGAAUUAA